GGCGCGUAUGAGAGUCGCGUGCUCUGUGUCUCGGCAGAUUUAAGCCUGUUCCUUGGCGGGCAGGAUCUCCGAGGCGUCUGCCUUUUACAAAUUUCCGCAACCGCGUUUUCGCCGCUUUUUCAUUAUCGCGAAAGUUUUCCUAUAUACCGUUUCGCUAUUAACCACAGUUUGUAUUCCUCGUUCGUCGAUCGCGGUCGAUUGUUUUAUUUAACGCGUUCUAUUUUUAGUUGCUGAAUCGUUACGCAUACAAUUUUUUCUUCCGUUUUUUUUUUUUUUUUUCUCUGCAAUUCCUUUUUGUUCUCAACAUUCAUUCGCAUCUUCGAACCAAUUUCGAAUAACGAAAGGAACGUUCGGCCGGUAUACAAAUAAAAGGAAACAAAGGAAACAAGUUGUACAUUAUGAAUAUUACGGUGACGUUAUUGGUCCUUUGCACAGUGAUGGUAACCGUGUCAUCUGCGGGGAUUCUCGAUAGCCUAUUCUCUUGGGGACUCGCUGAAACCGAAGCCCGUUCGACAACACCGCCGUCAAAGUGUCUCUGUCAAACAUCCGGUUGCCUGUGUUGCGUCGACCUUAAUUUAACGUCGGCCAUUGACCUGGGAGGUCCUGCCUGUCUGAACAUCAAGCAAAGGGAAGAAAAUGUCACGCUCAACAUGAGUUUCGGCGAUAACCCGAUGCACAAUGCCACGAUACGCAUAGCUCAGGCAGCGAACAAGCGAACCUGCAUGGACCUUCUGUCGGAUUUGGCGCAAAUCUGCGCGACUUUUACGAGCGUAAAAGAAGCGGUGUCCGCAGGUCACGACGGUUGUCUAGCCGUCGAACCAGCCUUACUCGGCACGACUCAGGCUGUCUACCCGAUCGGUUGUUUCAACUUUAACCAGGGCAGCAUUCGACAACUCGACACCACGGUCGUUCCAGUGGAAACCCCGGAGACGCCGGAGUCCUCGGGAUCAGCGGAAGAGGAAGAUUACAAUCUCAAUACCGAGGAGUUGAUAGCAGCGGUAUCCGAAAGUGCGGAGCAAGGAUUCGCGAUGUUCUCUCAAUGGCUCGGUUUGAAUCUGACUCCUAAAAACCAGACGUCCGGCCCAACGGAAAUCGGGGGCGAGGAUGUUGCCGAGGAAAAUGGCGAUCACGGAGGUUCGUCAAGGACUUCGAGGAAGCUAGGAGACGAUGCGAUCCACCAACGGGACGGAAGUGACGAGCGUUUCAAACAGAUCCUCAGCGCCCAGGACAACAUUCAGAAGGAAUCCCCGAGGAUCGGUCAAUCCAGCGGAGUGGAAACGACGUACGUUUACACGGCGCCGUCGCGUCCCGGGCACCUCAAUUCUGUCGUCGAAGAAGCGGCGAUCAAAGAACCUGAAGUACCGCAAGGUCACCUCGCCGUGGUCCCUAGGGAGUCCAGGAGGGGUGGCAGGGCCUACAAUAUUCAUCAGCACGUUAAUGAAAUUUAGAAAGAGAUUGUAGAGUUGAACGAAAAACACGUCUGCCCAGCGAUCGUCGCAACCGGCAUUGAAGUCUCCAUAAGUUGAUGUUCAUUUUCUCUCAUAUAAUGGAAUUACACUUUUUCCCUAAGUAUUAUCGAUUCGAAAUAGAUUCAUAUUUUUAUCACCACCUCGUGGGAGGUGUAGAUUUUCUACCGUCGCGAAUAGAUAUACUUAUACGCGUAUAUAUAUAUAUAUAUCAUCUGCAAGAUAUAGUUUUUAAGAUGGUAUUAAGUUUCUAUACCUUAUAAAAAUUUUAUUUAUUAUUAAUAAUUAUUAUUAUUGUUUAUUUUGUAUAUUUAAGUUACACGGUUGCAUUGAAAAAUGUGCUGCACUUUUAAUUUUACGUCUCCAUAAGCGUAACACAUCAUAUAAUAUAAUAUAUAAUUUAUAAGAGAAUUGUAUAAAAGAUAUAUAUUUGUAUGUAUAUAUAUUGUAUACGUUCUUCAAACAAUAAAAAUUCUAAAAUAUA